UCAGAUGGAAAAGUGGUAGCAAACGUUUUUCGAUUAAACAUUCCCUCUGACCCCACGUUGGUGGAUAUACAUUUAUUUGUCGGCAUUACUUUAGUAGUAAAACAUAACAGUGCAAAAAUUGGUCUCUUUCUCUGUUUCACGUCGCCCCCGCACACACUCACAUUUCUUAUCCAUUUUCAAUUUCACAGCCAACCUCAGCAACAUGCUUGUCUAGCAUUUAUGUAAAAAUAAUAUGAAAAUUGGCCCUAUCAGUCCGUCUGUGGACCUCGAGUCCAGGGUUGGGGGCGGGAGGGGAGAAGGAGAAUCCUCCUUUGAUUACACAUUUUAGACUUUUCCUCUCACCGGAGAAUUUCAGCUAGGACCACCGAGCUCCGGGUGUGGCCACAGUAGUUGUGAGGGGUGUGUGGAAGGGGGGAGUGCAGAAUUAGAACUGAAAAAGAAGCUGUUCAAGUGCUAGGUAGUAAAUAUGUAAAGCAAGCGUGCUGGGUAACUUGGAAAAAGAGGCUUCAGAGGGAGGUUCAAUUAACAGUUGUAGGCAGAAGAGGUGAUGUAUUUCUUCAGCAUGUGUAAGAGGUCAUUUGCUUUAGGGUACAUUUUGACGAAUUUCGAAAGAAGUAGAUGCUGAAAUAAAAAUGAAAACAGAUUACAGCUUCAUAUCAAAGGUACUUUUACAUUCUUGAGUAAGAGAGGGGAAAUGGCACAUUUUUAUCCCAUGGAUUAUAUGUUAUUUUAAAAUUUUGCUAAUUUGUGUAUUGUGCACUUUUUUUUUUUCCAUUUAAGCUGUUCAUUUAAACAGAAUAAAUCUUGGAAACUAACAUUAUCUUUGAAUCUAGAAUCAGCUACCCCUCAACCCAAAUUUCUAUCCAGGCUCUAGAAAUUUAGGGUAGACAUUCUUUGGUUGGUUGGUGUUUUUCUUUUCCUCUCUUUUUUCCCUCCCUUCUUUCCUUCCUUCCCUCUUUCCUUCCUUCCUCCUUCCCUCUCUCCCUUGUCCUUCCCUCCCUCCCUUCCUCCCCCUUCUCUUUCUUUUUCUUUUUUCAAGAAGCUAAUGGCAGAGAAUCAAAUCAGAGUAGAUCUAGUUCCAGCAUUUUGACUGCCAGUAAAUGUUUUAUAAUCAACAUUUUAAAUAUAAAUUAGUUUGUUAUUUUCCAUUUUGAUUUUUUUUUAGUGACCAAGUUUUCAAGGUAGUGCCAGUGUGCAUCUGUAAGCAAACUGGGAAUGGGUUAGAGAACACAAUUCCCUCGUGUAAAAAGCCAGGUUUAGCAGUAAUGCUUUUAAUCUGGACUUGUAGAGAAUUCGGGAGCAUUCAUAGAUCUGCUCCAGUAAUUACCAUACCCCAAGUGGCACUGGAAGAGACAUUUGCCUAAAAACUUGAUGUCUUCAUUAUGCUGUUUACAUUUUAAUUAGAAACAUGAAAAUUACUGAUUCAUACAGGCAACUAUAGUUUAAGUGGUCUCGUUCACCAUCCAAUAAAUCAUAAAAAAAAAAAAACAACAACAACCCACAGUUGGCAUAAAUAGUUUACUAGGAGUCAUUCAUGGGAAUAAUGUGUUGGCACUAUAAGCUGCUUAAAAUAUGUUUUUAUUUUACCAGAGGUAGAAUUUGCAUAUAAAUUAGAGAAUGGCAUUUUAAGUUGACAGUCAUUUAUGCAGAAUACCACCCACAUGCAAAUACAUAUAUGGCUGGAUGUGUAUACUUUCUAUGAGUUUAUAGGUUUUGCUGUAUUGUGGUCGUGGAGAUACAUGUGAGUUUUUAACAUGCAUGUCCUCUCUUCAAGUCCAUUCAGAAGUGCUAUGGGUGUUCUAAAUAUGCCUAUCCACAAACACGUCUUUUAUCUCUUGGGCAAUAUCAGCUCACAAUAGGAAAGAUGUUUAUUUCCUGUACGUUACGUAUAUGUCUCAAGAAGGAGUUGCUGUUGCAUUUGCUCGUUCCUUCCCUCUUUCCUCUUCUCCCAUUCCCCCCUAACUUUUGCAUGUACCUGUCAAUGCUGUUGCCCUAAAACCGCUUCCCACUCAGAGCGGCUGGACUGAAGCAGGGGGUAGCUGUCAGAGUCCGUUCCUGAGUCAGCAGCACAUCCCUUGCCUGAAUCUUGCGACAGUCACUCAUCCAGUUUUCCCCUCCCCAGGGGACAAGCGUCCUCCUCAUCAGUGAGGAGGAAUGACCCUUCUGUCUGGCAUGCUCAAAAUCCCAAAUCUCUCCACUUCGGUGUGUGAGUUCAAAUCCCUUCCUCCUGGAGGCAGGGCUGGGACUCUAGCUAAUGACUCCGAGAUACAGAGGGUCAGUGCACUGGUGAGCUGGAGAACUGAGGCAUCGUGCGAGCCGACUUGUACAUUUUUCCCAUAACUGUAGACUCCUCUCCUCCCUUUCCCUCCCCUCCCAGACCCUUUAUUAUAGAUCGAUAUUAUGCAAAAAUGAACCAGGAAUAGCCACAGCCAUUAAAAUCCAUUUUUUUCUUUUCGUUAUCUCUGUUAGAAAGUUAUGGCCAUGGCAGGAGGUGGCUCUGUUACUCUUUUUUGUUUGUUUAUUGUUUUUUGGUUGAAUGGAAGCAUGUUUAUUUUGUAUUGUAGGCCCAUGGGCCAUUAGGUAAAAAUGAUUUUUAAAAAUAUUACACAGGAGGAAGAGUCUACGCAUAUGUGUCCUACCUGAAAUGAUACAGCAGUCAUUGUUUUAAACUUUUGAACGGGGAUGCAUUACACUGAACUUCCUGCUAACUGCAUGGUGUGAUUUCUGGGAAUUAAAGGGAGUAAGUUAUUCUCAUGAGGUGACUUUCGAUGAUAAAUUUUGUGCUUCGUUUCUGCAUCUUCUGGGUUGUUGUUGUCGUUGUUUCAAGUUCUAGGGGCUUGUGAAAGUUUUAAGAUGCUGAUCAGUUAUUUCAUGCUGUCCACACCGUUUUUGAUUUUAAUGAGGAGUCCCUUAGGAUCAUUUUCGUUGUCACCGAGGUAACUGGUUUAGGUUGUCCAACCAGGGCUUUUAAAGGCAGUUACCAGUGCUUUGCAUUUCCCAGGCAGAGUUCCCGAGCGCAUUAGUGAGGGUAAUAGUGAAUUCAUGGCCAUAUGCUUAUUGGUUUGCUUUGCAUCGCCUCUUUUUUAUGGGGGCGGGGGCAGGCAGGGCACUUAUUAGGUCUCUGUACUUCCUCGAUGUGAUUAGACACCAUAGUCGACAUCUGUAAGGGCAGAAACAUGCUGCUUACUUGUACACAUGGCAAAAUCCUAAUAGUUCUGUGCUGUCUGGUAAAUCCUGUCUGCUUUAUGCAGUGUGGCCCGAAACAGUUGUGUGGUGAGGGAAUGCUGGCUGCUGGCCAGCCAUUGACUAUGAAAUCCUGGGUACCUGAGAGCUUAUCAGUUCUUUUGCUUUGUAAAAGAAAAAAGUGAUGAAAAUGUUGGUAAACUGCCAUGAAGGUUUAAGGCUGCUGGAACAAGAUGCCGUGUAAUCAGAUUGGAAAAUGGAGCUUGAGAUUCUCUGCAUGGAGAGCAGCCGUCUGUGGACCCCGUGAGCCGCUGUGCAAGUGCCCGAGCUGACCACUUUGUUAGCAAAUCAGCUUGUUUGCUGCAGCAGCAGGGUGGAAAAGACCAGAGCUUGUGAUGGCUUGAAGAUGCAGUGGACGCCGGAGCAUGCCCAGUGGCCAGAACAGCACUUUGACAUCACCUCCACCACUCGGUCUCCUGCCCACAAAGUGGAAGCCUACAGAGGUCAUUUGCAGCGCACCUAUCAGUACGCCUGGGCCAACGAUGACAUUUCUGCUCUGACUGCAUCCAACCUACUCAAAAAAUACGCAGAGAAGUAUUCUGGCAUUUUAGAGGGCCCCGUGGACCGGCCUGUACUCAGCAACUACUCCGAUGCCCCAUCAGGCCUCGUGAACGGUCGGAAAAAUGAAAGCGAACCCUGGCAACCUUCCUUGAAUUCUGAAGCGGUUUAUCCCAUGAACUGUGUCCCGGAUGUUAUCGCGGCCAGCAAAGCUGGAGUCAGUUCAGCCCUCCCUCCGGCAGAUGUCUCUGCAAGUAUAGGGAGCUCUCCUGGGGUGGCCAGCAACCUGACAGAACCGAGUUAUUCCAGUAGUACCUGCGGGAGCCACACCGUCCCUAGUCUCCACGCAGGGCUCCCGUCUCAGGAAUAUGCCCCAGGAUACAACGGCUCGUAUCUGCAUUCUACUUACAGUAGCCAGCCAGCACCUGCACUUCCCUCGCCGCACCCCUCUCCCUUGCAUAGCUCUGGGCUCCUCCAGCCCCCGCCGCCGCCGCCGCCACCACCAGCCCUGGUCCCAGGCUACAAUGGGACUUCGAACCUCUCCAGCUACAGCUAUCCCUCUGCUAGCUACCCUCCUCAGACUGCUGUGGGAUCCGGGUACAGCCCUGGCGGUGCACCCCCUCCUCCUUCAGCGUACCUGCCUUCAGGAAUCCCUGCUCCUACCCCUCUGCCCCCCACCACUGUUCCUGGCUACACCUACCAGGGUCAUGGUUUGACACCCAUUGCGCCCUCGGCUCUGACAAACAGUUCGGCAAGUUCUCUCAAAAGGAAAGCUUUCUAUAUGGCAGGGCAAGGAGAUAUGGACUCCAGUUACGGAAAUUACAGCUAUGGCCAACAGAGAUCGACACAGAGUCCUAUGUACAGAAUGCCCGACAACAGCAUUUCAAACUCAAAUCGGGGGAAUGGCUUUGACAGAAGUGCUGAAACAUCAUCCUUAGCAUUUAAGCCAACGAAGCAGCUAAUGUCCUCUGAACAGCAAAGGAAAUUCAGCAGCCAGUCCAGCAGGGCUCUGACCCCUCCUUCCUAUAGUACUGCUAAAAAUUCAUUGGGCUCAAGAUCCAGCGAAUCCUUUGGGAAGUACACGUCGCCGGUAAUGAGUGAGCAUGGGGACGAGCACAGGCAGCUGCUCUCUCACCCAAUGCAAGGCCCUGGCCUCCGUGCAGCUACCUCAUCCGACCACUCUGUGGACGAGCAACUGAAGAAUACUGACACGCACCUCAUUGACUUGGUAACCAACGAGAUUAUCACCCAAGGACCACCGGUGGACUGGAAUGACAUUGCUGGUCUCGACCUGGUAAAGGCCGUCAUUAAGGAGGAGGUUUUAUGGCCAGUGUUGAGGUCAGACGCAUUCAGUGGACUGACGGCCUCACCUCGGAGCAUCCUUUUAUUUGGACCUCGGGGAACAGGCAAAACAUUAUUGGGCCGAUGCAUAGCUAGUCAGCUGGGGGCCACGUUUUUCAAAAUCGCCGGUUCUGGACUCGUUGCCAAGUGGUUAGGAGAAGCCGAAAAAAUUAUCCACGCCUCUUUUCUCGUGGCCAGGUGUCGCCAGCCAUCGGUGAUUUUUGUCAGUGACAUUGACAUGCUUCUCUCCUCUCAAGUGAGCGAGGAACACAGUCCAGUCAAUCGGAUGAGAACGGAAUUUCUGAUGCAGCUGGACACUGUACUAACUUCAGCUGAGGACCAAAUCGUAGUAAUUUGUGCCACCAGUAAACCAGAAGAAAUAGAUGAAUCUCUUCGGAGGUACUUCAUGAAACGACUUUUAAUCCCACUUCCUGACAGCACAGCGAGGCACCAGAUAAUAGUACAACUGCUCUCACAGCACAAUUACUGUCUCAAUGACAAGGAGUUUGCACUGCUCGUCCAGCGCACAGAAGGCUUUUCUGGACUAGACGUGGCUCAUUUGUGUCAGGAAGCAGCGGUGGGCCCCCUCCAUGCCAUGCCAGCCACAGACCUUUCAGCCAUCAUGCCCAGCCAGUUGAGGCCCGUUACAUAUCAAGACUUUGAAAAUGCUUUCUGCAAGAUUCAGCCUAGCAUAUCUCAAAAAGAGCUUGAUAUGUAUGUUGAAUGGAACAAAAUGUUUGGUUGCAGUCAGUGAUAACUUCUUUAAAAAAAAAUGUAAUGAAUGUUGGCACACACGCAUAAAACCUGCUACAUAGGGUAUAGAGCCCCUUUCCAGUAGUGUUUAAAUCGCAAAGGGUACUGGGGAAGAUGACGAUUGAGUUGCAUCUUUAGAGUCAGGGUAGAUUUGGAGGAAAAACGCAUCAAAUGAGAGCUUCUGAUUUGAGAGCCCCAGAUGACAGAAAGCAUCUGCUGAUGCUUAGUUCAGUUCAAGCUAGACAACACUCACCAAGGAGCAAGGUGCAAGUGUGUUGAUUUCAGAAGGACAUGAACCUCGUGUGUUGAUUCCAUUCUGCUGUUCUCGAGAUUUAGUUGCUGUCAAGUGCCUGGAGUGGUGCUUUAUUUUUUGUUUGCCUCACAAUUACAUUGGUGGCAUGUGCUAAUAUAAAGAGCUUUAACUUCAAACAUUAUUGGACUAAAGAGAUGAACGGUUGUGUGACGACAGAAAACCAGAUUUUUGCCAUUUUAAGAGCAACAGUAUUCCUCAAUCCUGUCUGUUCUGCAGUAUUAAACUAAGAACAGGUAAAACAGGGUAACGGUAAUCUGGACCUUAAUUUCUGCAGUUCAUUUCUUUUAAUGUUCUUGUCUGCAAAAACUCAGGAAAGCGAUUGUGAUUUGUACAGUACCUCAAAGGAAUGUGUUGAAAGCACUAUGUACUGCUGAGAGUAAUGGGAUAGGCUUCAAUGUUACUUUAUAUUAAAAAUGUAUGUUUACCUCAACAAUUGGAAAAUAGCAAGGAAAAUUACUUUGAAUGUAUCCGGAAAAAUACUGACGUGUGAUACAACUGAAUAUUUACAAUUUAAAGUAGAAAUGGAAGGAUUUUUUUAAAAAAAGAUUCUUUUACUAAUUAUGGGGAAUUAACCAGAGCAGAAUAAUUCUUUAUGUCAAAAACUGCAAGAGUUCUUCAUACAUUGCUCCUUGAUAAUGAAGUGAAAAUGUUCUUAAAAGGUACACUGGUUAAUGGAAAGCUACUUACUCAGUUCAUGUUAGUGUCUAGAACACUCGGCCACAAGACCUGCUUAGGACCCUGAAAGUCACAGUACCUAAAAACUAGGACUGCCUUUUACUGCAUAGGUGGUGGUGGUGGUGGUGGUGGUGGUGGUUUGCGAGUUCUCUCUUAAAACUGCUGGGAAUGGUGUCCUUCUAUUCACUAAUCUAGCUUAUAGGCUUGCCGUGCUGUUUGAUAGAAUGCAGAAGAUAGCAAGCAAAAACAAACAAACAAAUACAAAAACCGACCAAUCAACUUCUCUAUAUCCACAAAGAACAUCUACAUCCCCUCUCCUUUUUGACUCCUCUCUUCUCAGUGCAAUUUUGCUUCUCAUUUUGAAAUCUUCUGGGCUAUAGUGCUCCCACAUUCAUUUCUACCUCAGUUUUGUUACAUUUCUCUUGGAGAGUAAAAUAGAAAAUUGGAAAUGAACACACACACACACACACACACACA